AUGCCAGCUUUCGAAGGAGAAGGAGGAAAAAAGCGAAAACGGACUCGAAAACCUGCCAGUUCCGCCGGGAUUGCCUUGAAGGAAGCCCUGGAACUUGAAAGCCAACACGCAUUGAUCUCACAGCCCACUCAACCGAACUCAAGUGAUGAAUUUCGGCAACCAGAGCACCUUUCACCUCAAUUUCAACUCCACACUGUCGAGAAUUUGGCUCAUGACAAUAAUCCGGAGCCCCAAAGUCCAACUCCAAAUUCAACAACCGAUCCCCAGGUGACCAGUCUUCUUGAUUAUUUUCGCAGUGAAAAUUACAAAAAGAAAAGAGACCUCGAGGAGAAACAUUGGGCGGAAGUUUACCCAGGUAUGUUCUCUUGGUUCAGCCAAUGUGCUACUAAGACAUCCGAUUGGGGAAACGAGGAUGUGUGGAAUCAUGACUGGAAAGAAAGAUGCGCCUGCAAUCACACUCGGACCCGUCAUGUUGUUCUAGUGGAUCUUCUCAGACGAAAGCAAGAACCAGUCGACUUUUGUGAAUGCCAAACCGAUCAAGUCCGACUCAUCCAAAUGGGAUAUAUCGGAGGUUCCCCUAAGUUUCCCAAGACAGCUUUCUCAAUCCGUCUGCUACAGUUCCACCAUGUUCUUUGGAAAUACAGUUCAGUAGCCGUAACCCCUUUUUCAAAAGCUCUUGACGAGUUUUUGGACUCAAACAGCCCUCUAAUUCUGGUAAACCACCAUGUUUCCAAUGAAGAAAACUUGCACAGUACUCGGAAAUGGAGGAGAACAUUGACUUCAGCCAUUGAUGCAUAUCGUGAGAUGCUUAGACGAGAUGAAUUGCUAUCAGAGGAGAUGCUUUCGACCGGGCCAAUGGAUCAAAUGGCUGAUAUUUGCCCAAAAUGCUUUGGACCACCAGUACCCGGAAAAGAAGAAAGCGAGCCAGACUACAUAGUAUGCAUGGACGGAAACUUCCAGCACCGAAGGCACCUUGCAGCCAGUAUUGAAAACUCAACCCUCAAGACUCCCCACCUGUUUAUUCAACCUGACGAGGUGAAAGAUAUGCAAACAUCGAUGCAGAAUCAGAUGGAAAGCAACCAAGCUAAUGUAAAUGUGGAUCCGUGUUCAGAGCAACACACAGCUGCAAACGAUAUCCAAGGGGCAAGUACAUGGGCUGCUUGUGACGAUACUGGGAUUUUUGGCUUGGCAUGCCGACAUGACCAAUUAUUACAAAUGAUAAACAUAGUUCAGAGUGGUGAAAAGGCCUACUACCCCAUGACAAUGAUAAAACACCUUUUAUCUAAAACCGAUACCGAUGGAAAUGAUCCAAAGAAGAUUGGGUUCCUAUAUGAUAUUGGUUGUAACAUUGAAAAAGGAAUUAUUAGACGAAAUCAAUUUGCCCUUGAAAGAAAUAACAAUCAGCUGAUGUUUGGAACUAGUGUGUUUCAUUCUUAUGUCCAUGAAUGGUCAUGCCAGCUUCGAUAUAACCCCAGACUUAAUGUUGGAUGGGGAUUCUCAGAUGGCGAGGGACUAGAAAGGAUCUGGGCUUACUUGUCGCCUCUCAUAAGUCAACUCAGAUACUCAACUAAAAAUCACCGCCUCACAGCCUUGGAUCUCAGGUCAGAUCAUCACAACAAAUUAGGAAGGUUUAAUGCACUAAAGUUGCUUCUGGAACGGGGGAAAAGUAUUGAAAAGGUGAUGAAAGCUUCAAAGGCGAACCUCAAUCAAAUAACCAAUGAACACGGACACUCGGUGCAAUAUUUGCAAGAACAAUGGCUCAGACAAAGAGAAUGUCAGCUCAGUGUGAUGGAAACUGAUACUGAGAGGAAUUUGAAAGCACAUGUGGAAGAAUUGGUAGAAUUGGAAGAUCAACUGAGGGAAGCACAUGAGAAAAUGGUAUCACUACAGAGAAGUAGGAGGCGGAACCAAACCGAAGCCGAAAGAAUAGAGAUCGAAAACCUCCCAAAUACACUCGUAUUACUUGAAGAAGAGAUUGAGAAAGUUGUCCAGGAGCUCGGUUCAGAAGCCUUUAGGAAUUUACCAGGGUCAUCAGACGAAGAAACCAAACUGUUGAUCAAGUUGAAAAUCAGCAAAGCAAAGCUGUAUGAAGCCAAAGUUGGGGUAUCUGAGACGCAGAAGAAAUGGGAUCAACCUCAAUCAGGUUGGUGA